UUUACUAUUUGAUUCAAUGCGUCCCUAUAGGCACAGUUAAGUCACUUUCUUCAGGUUUUCCCAUACUACUACCAGGUAAAGGAAGGAAUAUGGCCAAAAAUGUCACAGACUGUCCAAUAGAGGAUUUAAGUAAAACCUCAGAUGAUGAACUGCUCAGACUCGGCAAAGAUGAGCUGGUGCGAAGGCUCCGAAAAGGGGAGAGCGAAAAGAUGAACUUAAUGCUGGAGCACGGAAAUAUGAUGAAAGACGUGAACCGAAGGCUGCAGCUUCAUCUCCACGAGAUCCGUAAUUUGAAAGAGGUCAACCAGAAACUACAGGAUGACAACCAGGAGCUCAGAGAGCUGUGCUGCUUCUUGGACGAUGACCGGCAAAAGGGCAAGAAGCUGUCCCGGGAGUGGCAGCGAUUCGGCAGGUACACAGCCAGUGUGGUGUGGAAAGAAGUGGGCUUCUAUCAGCAAAAGCUAAAGGAACUGGAGGCCAACCAGGAGUCCAUCAUACGCGAGAAUACAGAAUUAAAGGAGAUCAUCAUCAUGCUCGAGGAGGAGAGGAAUGGUGCUGGGUCCAGGAGCUCCAUAGACAGCCAGUCUAGCUUGAACAACCUGAACGGAGGUUCGAGUAACGUGAGGGAUGUUGGAGAUGGAAGCAGCACCUCCAGCACGGGUAGUGCUGGCAGCCCGGAUCACCAUCACGGACAUGGGCACGGGCACAAGCCUGUCGAGGGAAAGAUAACAUCUGUUAGAAGAUCCAUGGAUGAUCUAUCAAGCAAACAUCUUCACAGGAGCAUACCGAAUGGACUGAACGACUCUUCAAAUUACAUCCGACGGCUGGAGACAAAAGUCCGGAUUUUAGAGGACGACAACAAGCAGGUGUUCACGCAGGGAAACGUCUCUGUUGGAGAUUUGAAGACGCUGAAGAAAGGACUGACGCUGUAUCAUUCUGAAUCGCAGCUCUCCGCGCUCUCCAAGCAGCAGGACGCCUUACAAAACGGCACAGCUCGGCUUCCUGGGGGAGAUCUGACCUCGCCAGUCACCCCCUACCUGCCCUCUGCUCAGAAACCCGAGGCCCUGGUUCACGCCAUGAAGGUGUUGGAGGUCCACGAGAACCUGGACAGACAGAUUCCUGAGGACUAUGAGGAGGAUCUGAGUGAGAAGGAGAAAGCGAUCGUGAGGGAAAUGUGUAACGUGGUUUGGCGGAAGCUCGGCGAUGCAGCAGGUUCCAAACCAUCCAUACGGCAGCAUCUCUCUGGAAACCAGUUUAAAGGCCCUAUGUAGCUCCGCCAUCCAUCGGCACACGGCGACAAACCGACACCAAGCUGUCCAGGAGAAGAGGAGGACCACCACUUCAGCACUUUGGAGCCGAAUCAGUACACGGAACUGCACUCCUACCGCUCACUGCUGACAGUCUACAGCUUUCAUUUGCUUCAUUUGCUCAAGCCGCCUGAUCAAAUCCAGUGAUCAGGGUCAGGAACGAGGUGCGUUUCCACUGGUUUCUCGAAACCUUUGCAAGAACUUCCACACAGUUACUGGAUGAGCUGGAUUUCGGAAACUGAGACAGUCAUGUACUGUGUGACAUUUAGCAGUGAUGAAGUAUGAAAUAGUUAAAUACAAUUAAAUAUGCUUCAGCAAACUUACAAAUGCAGUUUUAGCCUGGUGGCCAUUCUGUAAAGCUCAAGUUUGACCGAUUUGCAACAUUCAGUACAACAGCGUCCUGCUAAGUAGCCACUUCUUAUCAUUUACGUUUGCGGCAUCACAAUUAUGACUGAAUACAGUUUGCUCAGGGGCCCAACAGUGGCAAAUUGGCAGUGGUGGGGCUUGAACCAGCAACCUUCUGAAUACUAGUCCAGUACCUUAACCACUGAGCUACCACUGUCCACUUGCCAGUGUUAGGUUCCCACACAGAGCCACGUUAGACUCAAUGUGACCCCCCCCCCCAUCCCCACUCUCACAGGCUCCUUGACCAGUCCUGGGGUUCACAUGUCGCAGUGGGAAAAAACCCAUCCAACCUUCCCUCCCUCAAACACGGCCAACUGACACCUAGCCAGGUCGAUAGCUCUGCUGAGAUCCGAACUGGCGGGUUUGAACACUCCACAGUGGGGUGCUAGCAGGUCAGACCGCUGCACCAUUCACGCUUACAUUUAUUUUACAUUUGGCAUUUAGCAGAUGCUUUUUAUACAAAGUGACUUACAUUACUGUGACCGAAUAUUAUCCCAGCAAUUAAAGGUUAAGGGCCUUGCUGAAGGGCCCAACAGUGUCAACCUGGCAGUUACCAGUGACCUUUCAAUUACUAGUCCAGUACCUUAACCGCCAGGCUACAACUGCCCUGUGUGCCCAACAACAUAUUUCUUCCUGUAGCUGGGAGCACUUGGGUUUACAUAUUUACAAGACGUGUGUUCCAAGCCUAAGAAAAAAAAGAAACCUGUGCAGAAUUCAUUCCAGUGUCCUGUUUAGUGGUUUUGAGUUUGCAGAAAGAUUUGACCCAGGAGCUGGAAGUGGAUCUGGUUCCUCCGGUGGAAACGCACCUAAUGCUGCAUUCACAAGGUUUAAAAACAUUUAUUCAUGUCUUUUCUCCCUUUUUCUCCCGAGUUAGCGUAGCCAAUUAGUCUUCUGCUGCUGGGUAUCCCGAUUCGUUCGAGGAGAGUAUAUCUCCCUGCUCCACGCCCCCUCCGACGCGUGCGCAGUCCUUCAAACCCUUCUUUUUCACCACAUUCGCACAUGAGGCUCAUCCACUUGUGCACUGGCGCCUCGCCAGGGUCCUUGCACAGCGUUUGAAGACCCCACCUACUUAGGCUGGCCUUUUUCCCACCCAGCAGACACGGUGGCCAGUUUUUGUCUGCUGCAGGCACUGCCAAUUGUGCUUGCUAGAUGGCGCCCAGUCGAGAUUCAAACUGGUGUGCUAGCGGAAUUAUAAUAUUGAAAGUGACUCAUUUCAUGCUUACUGUAUUUCGCUGCACUACGAGUAGUGACUGGUGUAGUAACAUCUCCCAGUAAGCCAGUGGAAUUGUGUCUUUAAUGACGCUUUGCAGUUCAGACUCCUAAUUCCAUGAUUCAGAAUCCCAAAUGCACUAACAAUCACGUGUUCUGACAUUCGAAAAACCCAUAAAUAUCCUUAUGAACGCAGCUUCACAUUUCUGAGUUCCUGAAUAAUGUUUCUACUCAAGCAGGAUUCAGUACGGCAGCUACUGAAUCCGUUACUAACAGACUGACAGUCUGAAGCGUCAGUUUUGCUUGAUAAACCCUGAACACUCCUGUGGAAAUGUAGCUGAACCACUUAUUUUAAACCUGUACUGCUUUUAAUGUGGAUACGUUUUAAACAACCCAUGCUAAAUACGUUGUAGCAGACUAGCCUGUCUUUUUAUUUACUUAACUACGUUCCAGGAUUGCUUCGCUCUUUGCUUUUUCGGAGAACAGAUCUGCCCAGGGAUUUUCUCACACCUACACGUUUUAUAUUUAUGCCAAAAUGAAUAAAUAAACAAAUAAACAGAGCGCUGUUUGGUUUUGGACGUUGUUGUUACAUCAGUCAUUCCAGUGAUGUGCUGUGCUGUACACACUGUCGUCUACGUACCGAGGUGUUUUAUU